AUGCCGCAUCGGGAGUGGAGGUCGCCGCGAUGGAGCGCAGGAGUGCAGGCUGUGCGCUGCAUCCACACGUGCCUUUGGCUGGGCGCUGCCUGGAUCCCCUUCGUGCUGUCCCACGGACUGAGCCGCAGCACGGAGCUCGAUGAUGGCCACAGUGUGGCCCGUGGUCACGGGGAGCUGGCGUGGGCCGUCAGCUUGGAUGUGGCGGAGGAGGAACUGGAGCAGCGGGCGGAGCAGCUGGCCCAGACCGCGGGGCUGGUGAACAUGGGCCGCAUUGGGGAGCUCAAGGGCCAUUACCUCUUCUCCUAUCGGCCCGACAGCCACCCGGCACCGGAACCCGAAGCAAUAAGGAGAUCAGUGGACACUUUGUUUGCACAGCAUGACAGCGUGCGGUGGCAUUCGGAACAGAAGCUUCUGAAGCGCUCCAAACGCAGCCUGCACUUUAAUGAUCCCAAAUACCCCCAGCAGUGGCAUCUGAACAACCGCAAGAGCCCCGGGAAGGACAUCAACGUCACCGGCGUGUGGGAGCGGAACGUGACGGGGCGCGGUGUGACGGUGGUGGUGGUGGACGAUGGCGUGGAGCACACCAUCAAGGACAUACAGCCAAAUUAUAGCCCAGAAGGCAGCUAUGACUUGAACUCCAAUGACCCCGACCCCAUGCCUCACCCUGACGAAGAGAAUGGCAACCACCACGGUACUCGCUGCGCAGGGGAGAUCGCUGCUGUGCCCAACAACAGCUUCUGCACGGUGGGAGUUGCCUAUGGGAGCCGCAUUGCAGGCAUCCGAGUGCUGGAUGGGCCCCUCACUGACAGCAUGGAGGCCAUCGCCUUCAACAAGCAUUAUCAGAUCAAUGACAUCUACAGCUGCAGCUGGGGUCCAGAUGAUGAUGGGAAAACUGUGGAUGGCCCCCAUCAGCUGGGAAAGGCUGCCCUGCAGCACGGUGUGAUAGCCGGCCGCAGGGGCUUCGGGAGCAUCUUUGUGGUGGCCAGCGGCAAUGGAGGGCAGCACAACGACAACUGCAACUAUGAUGGUUAUGCCAACUCCAUCUACACUGUCACAAUAGGUGCAGUGGAUGAGAUGGGCUCCAUGCCAUUCUAUGCUGAGGAGUGUGCCUCCAUGUUGGCCGUGACCUUCAGUGGUGGGGACAAGAUGAUGAGGAGCAUUGUGACGACAGACUGGGACUUGCAGAAGGGCACAGGAUGCACGGAAGGCCACACAGGGACGUCAGCUGCAGCUCCGCUUGCUGCAGGGAUGAUUGCUCUGAUGCUGCAGGUGCGGCCGUGCCUCACCUGGAGAGAUGUGCAGCACAUCAUCGUCUUCACAGCCACCAAGUACGAGGAUCGUCACGCAAAGUGGGACGUCAACCGGGCCGGCUUCAGCCACAGCCAUCAGCAUGGCUUUGGCCUGCUCAACGCCUGGAGGCUGGUUAACGCUGCCAAGAUCUGGGAGUCUGUUCCAUACCUCGCCUCGUAUGUCAGCCCGGUGCUGAAGGAGGGCAGGAGCAUCCCUCUGCUGCCACAGGAGCUGGAAGCCACGUGGAAUGUCACCACCACCGACCUACAGCUCUCUGGCAUGAGAACCCUGGAGCACGUGGCAGUCACUGUCACCAUAACGCACCCCCGCCGUGGCAACCUGGAGAUCAGGCUCUUCUGCCCCAGUGGCAUGAUGUCCCUGAUAGGAACCACCAGGAGCAUGGACUCGGAUCCCAAUGGCUUUGCUGACUGGACCUUCUCCACGGUUCGAUGCUGGGGUGAGGAAGCACAGGGCACGUACAGGCUGGUCAUCAGGGACACCGGAGAUGAGAAUCUGAGGCCUGGGACCUUGAAACAGUGGCAGCUCACCUUGUACGGCUCCUCCUGGACCUCAGCAGAGAUAAAGGAGCGGCAGAGACUGCUGGAAGAAGCCAUGAGUGGGCAGUACCUGAACAGCGACUUCUCCCUGCCCUGCCCUCCGGGUCUGGAGAUCCCGGAGCAGCAGCACUACACCAUCACAGCCAACACACUCAAGACCCUGCUGCUGUUGGGAUGCUUUGCUGUGUUCUGGACUUUCUACUACAUGCUGGAGGUUUGCCUGAGCAGGAACAACGUGGGGCUUGACCUGACCUGUCACAGCUCCACUGCCUGCAGAUGGUACCGGCAGGGAGGGAAGCACAGAGCCCUCGAGAACGGGUUGGAGAUGGAGUCCGUGCCACUCUACAGGGAGAAGGGAGUUGAGGACAUCGAGGUGGAGUGUGAACUGCUGGAGUCUGCCCAGGAGGAUACAGGGGAGGAGGGGUCCUGGACCCCCACCCGCUCCAAACUUCCCACUAGCAGCAGAGCUUCAGCCUCCACCACAGCAGGGUACCUGGGCCGGGAGGCAGCAGCUGAGCUCCUCGCAGACGACAGAGAGCUCCAGGCAUGCUAGCAGGGGAUGGGCUUUGGGCUGUGUCCCCCUACUCGGUACGUCCAUCCUGGGCACGGGCAGCAGAGACUUCCUGAGCCACCAGGGACCAUUGUCACUGUGUCCUGCGGAAGGUGCUGUUGGAAGUGGCUCAGAAACAUGGAGAAAUUCUGCUGGCAGUGGGAGAGGAGCUUCCCUUUCCCUUGCUCUGGAAAACAAAGCAAGCCUUAAGCCCAUUCCUCGAGGAGCUCGCUCCCUGUCCCCUGUGCUCUGGCCCCGCCACAUUGUCCUCUCCAGCAAGCACACACGCAGUCGCACGCUUGGGGAGGCAGAAGGCAGCAGAGCUUCCUCGCCCAUCCUGGUCAUGGGGUGCAGUGAGAAAACAGCGCAGAGUGCACUGGGUGCCACCUCUGCCACAUCCCCUGUGCCUGUGCCGAGCUGCAGGAAGGGCAGAGGGAUGGCAUGUCCCUGCCUGGGACCUGCUGCAGCAAACAAAGCAGCCCCUCGCUGGGGUUGUUGUGCUGCCGCUCGCUGGGGCACGAGCCCAUGCUGGGAAGGAUGGGGUUCCGUGCAGUGCCUGCUUUGGGCUGGGAAUGGGAGGAUGGAGUUGCUCUGGCAGUGGCUCAUCUGCGAGCAGGGCUGGUUUGUUCACGUGUCUUUGGAUUCGCUGGUUUAUUUUUUUAAAGCUGGGGGUUGUUUUUUAAACAGGAAAGUCCUAUUGUGCAACUUUCCAAAUAAAGCCUUCUAAAAACCC